UUUUUUUCUCUUGUUAAUUUGGACGCUCUAUUGUACUUUUCCAUUCUCAUAAUGGUUACCUUACCUUCUCGAGAACUCAUAAUCAGAUGCGUGUUUCUCUGUUAUGAAUGGGAAAGAAGACAGCAGUGAUUUCCUCUCUCCACAAGUCCUUUGUCCCCUGCCCCAAUAAACUAAAACCUUAGAUUUCUUUUCUCUCCUCCCUACGAAUUGCUUUUUAUUUACUACCGGACACGAAUAGGUCAGUGGUUAGGACUAUACGCUCCUUGGGGGUAACUUCUUCCUCGGCUGCGACCUUCUAAUCAGGUCUGGGAAGAUGUAACUGGACAACCAAACACAGAAGAGCAAAUGCUGCAGAGAGGCCACGUAUGGGCUCGAAUUUCCCUGCCCUUUCCAUCGCCUUGAACAGCCCCUGGAUGUACAACCGAACAGAGAAGCGAGACCCGCCAAGUCCGGCGCCACCUGCCCCAAAACCGCGAUUCCUAGAGGCCUCCCGGCGCGCUGGGCGGCCGAAUCGCUGUGCGUCGUGGAGCGCUCGCCUCGCCCCCUGCGGCCCCGGCCUGGGCCACACCGGGCCGGUGGUGCCGCGGGAAGCCGGCGCGGGGCGGGCUCGGCGCGGAGGGGGAGGCCGCGGCCCCGGUUGCGCAGGCGCACACCUGUCCUUGAGGGAGGGUGGGCAGCGCGGGGCGCAGAAACGGCCGGAGGGAAGCUCCGGGUCCAGCGAGGGUACAGGGGAUCAAGAGAAGAUUAUGAUGAUGGAGACAAGGGAAGAGAAACAGGCCUGGAAGCGUGAGACCGGGCUACGUGGGAACUACUCUCCCAGCCAGGAGAUCUUCCGCCAGCGCUUCAGGCAGCUCUGCUACCAGGAGGCUCCUGGUCCCCGAGAGGCCCUGCGCCGACUAAGGGCACUCUGCUGCGAGUGGCUGAGGCCUGAGAGGCACACCAAGGAGCAGAUCCUGGAGUUCCUGGUGCUGGAGCAAUUCCUGACCAUCCUGCCCGAGGAGCUUCAGUCCCGGGUGCGGGGACAUCACCCUCAGAGUGCAGAGGAGGCUGUGACAGUGCUGGAGGAUUUAGAGAAGGGACAUGAUGAACCAGGACCACAGGUGGGAAGGGGAACACAGUCCGUUGUGGGAGCCAGCUCAAUGACCUGCAGGCUGGACAGAGGGGCAGCAGGAGGGGGACUUGCCAAGUUCAAGCCUCUCGCAGGCCAGGUCCCAGGCCCUGCACGUGGACCUGCACAGCAAGAGCCGAGGGAGGAGAAGGCCCCUCUCGGAGCAGCCCAGGAGAAAGCAGGCAUCCAGCUCCAGCCUCGGGACACCCGGCCUUUCCCAGAGAGUGAACAGGUAUAUUUACAUUUUCAAUCAGUUAUUGCAGAAGAUGAUGCAGAGCCCGAGGACAAAGGGUCAUUGCCACAGCCGCCCAUUGCUGAGGUGGAAGCACAGGUGCUCAGGGAAAAACUCACCUCCAGCACCUCUACGUUUGAAGGUGCCUCGGAAGCUGAGGCCCCUUUCGAGGAGCAGCAGAGAAAUCUCAGAGGGGAGAGACCGCGGCGGCCCCCCGCCCGGGGGAAGAGCUUCGGGCAGAUGGUCGUCACCCAUAAGACACCUCCCCCAGGGAAGAAAGAUCACGAAUGCCUUGAAUGUGGUAAAGCCUUCAUUUACAACUCACACCUUAUAAUCCACCAGAGAAUUCAUUCCGGAGAGAAACCCUAUAAAUGCAGUGACUGUGGGAAAACCUUCAACCAGAGCUCAAACCUCAUUCAGCAUCAGAGAAUUCACACAGGAGAGAAGCCCUACGAAUGUCGUGAAUGUGGGAAGGCCUUCAGGUGGAGCGCUCACCUCGUUCAGCAUCAGAGGAUUCAUUCGGGGGAGAAGCCCUUCGAGUGUAAUGAGUGUGGGAAGGCCUUCAGUCAGAGCUCCUAUCUAAGUCAGCACCUGCGAAUCCACAGCGGAGAGAAGCCUUUCCUAUGCAGAGAAUGUGGGAAGGCCUACAGGUGGAGUUCAGAGCUUGUGAGGCAUCAGAGAGUUCAUGCUGGGAAAGAGCCCUUCGCGGGGACCCAGGGGAGAAAGCCUCCAGACAGAACUGGGCUUUUGUCUAAUCAGUUUUAGGACUAGAGUCCAUAAACGUUUAGGCACCUUAAG